AUGAAAUUACAUCACAAACAGUACAAAUAAGCAGAUAAAAAUUAAAAAAAUGUAAAAAUGUAAUUAUCCUAAAUAGGAACUAUUAAUUUAUCGAGAGUAAAAACAAAAUUCUAUAAUUGAUAACAGAUAAAAAUUGAUAUUUUUCGAAAAAUCAGGUUUAGAUGAAGGUCUAUAAAAAAAAACAGACCAUAUAGAAGAUUAAUUUGAAAAAGAACUUUAAUAAUAAAAUUAGAAAAAAUAAUUUCUUAUAAAUGAUGAAACAGAAAAAUACUAUAAAAUAGGGUUAACUAAAAACUAUUCAUUUAGUAGAAAAUUAGUUCCUUCAGUUAGCUAACAAUAGAUAACUUCAAAAGUGCAAUCUCCUAAAGUUUAAGGAAAUUGGAUGGAGUUUUUAUGGUAAUAGAAUGAGAAAUUGUUCGAAGAAAAUCAAAAAAAACAGAAAAUAAUUAAUUAACUUUUGGAAUUUUAAGAUAAUUCAUAAAAAAUAUCAAAAGUAUCUUCGCCAAGACUUCAAUAAUUAACUAGUUUAUAACCUCCAAAAUCCGUAGAAACAAAAAAAGUAACUCUUUAGGUUUCUAAAUUGCCUCAGNUUUGUUAAUGAUGAUAGUAUUUUAUUAAGAUCACAGGCAGAGGUUGACACAUUUUUCUGUUUUACAAUUUUGUUGAGUUAAUUUAGAUAUAAUUUUUUUUCUAAGGAUGAAGCCAGCAUUUGUAAUGGAUUUAUUUAAAAUAAAAUAAGAAUAGUUUAAGAGAUUAUAAAAAAACAUGAUUUUCGUCUAUAUGAUCAUAUGCUUGUAUGAUUAUUUUUAAUAUUUAGAAAAUAAAAAUUGACCCAAAGUUAUUUAUGUCUAAGUGGUUUAUGACUGUUUUUACUAAAGAAUUCAAACUUUAUGACACAGUAAUUUUGUGGGAUCACAUUUUAUGCGAGUUAGAUGAUAAAAAUGAAUUAUUAAACUAUGUUGCCUUAGCAAUCAUACAUUGGCUAAGAGAAGAUUUAUUAAAAGGAGAAUUUGGGGAAGUUAUUACAAUUCUCCAAAAUUUGGAAAAUUAAAAACUAAAAAUUAUUCAAAUCAUAGAGACUUGUUUGAUGUAUAAAAAAUAGUUCAAACUUAAAUGA